AUGAAACUAUCAUUGUUAAUUUGCUUGUUGGGAUUUUCUUCCAUGGAUCAAGUUGAAUCUCAAGAUCCUGCCAUUGCACCGUUAACAGCGAGAGUUACGAGUGUGGAGCAGACAGCGAACGCCAAUAAGAACAAGCUCACCACUCUUUCAUCCGAUAUGACCAGAAUUCAAAGCAGUUGGAAUUCCGACUACAAUUACUUGAACGGGAAAAUCAACACAAUCAAUACAAACUUGUCCCUCGUGUAUGGCAUAAUCGACUCAAAUCGGGCCACCAUUUUGCACCUGGAGAGCAAACUUGACGCCACGAAUGCCGAGAUCAGUGCGGCCAAUGAGAAAAUUGCAAAAUUACAAAAUAUCAACAAAAUUUGGGCCAAUAAUUUUCGCACAGUUAAGAAAACUUUUGACGAGUUGAGGAGAAAAGUGAAGUUUGCUGUGCCUUCGCUUAAAAUUGUUAAAGCGGUAGGAGUGUGA